AUGAAAAUGCUGCUGAUUUUGUUUCUCCUAACAAUUUGUUCCCAAGUUUCUAUGAGCCAAGAUUCUGACCUCAGGUAUGCAGAUGUUGUGUUUCUGGUGGACAGUUCUGAUGAGCUGGGAAGCAAGUCCUUCCCUCAUGUGAGAACCUUCAUCACCAAGAUGAUCAACAGUCUCCCUAUAGAGGCCAACAAGUACCGUGUGGCGCUGGCCCGGUACAGUAACACACUACAUAAUGAAUUUCAACUGAGCACCUACAAGAGCAAGAACCCCAUGCUGAACCACAUCAAGAAGAACUUCGGGUUCCUUGGGGGCUCCCUACAGAUAGGAAACGCUCUCCAGGAAGCCCACAGGACCUAUUUUUCUGGACCCACAAAUGGCAGAGAUAAGAAGCAAUUCCCCCCCAUUUUGGUGGUCCUGGCCUCAGGUGAAUCUGAGGAUGAUGUGGAGGUGGCUGCACAGGCCCUGCGAAAAGAUGGGGUGAGGAUCAUCUCCGUGGGGAUGCAGAAGGCUUCUGAAGAGAACCUGAGGACCAUGGCCACGGGUCCAUUUCACUUCAAACUUCGGACAGUCAGAGACCUCAGCACAUUUUCCCAGAACAUGACUGACAUCAUCAAAGAAGCAACUAAGUACCAGGAUGGAGUCAUGGAUGAUGUUCAUGUAGAAGUUUGCCAAGGCCCUUCUGUUGCUGACUUAGUGUUUCUAUUGGACAUGGCCAUCAAUGGGAGCCUGGAGAACUUUGAUUAUAUUAGAGGAUUCCUGGAAGAAAGUAUAUCUGCUCUUGACAUAAAAGAAAACUGCAUGAGAGUUAGCCUGGUGGCCUAUAGCAAUGAGACAAAGGUGAUAAAUCCACUGAACAAGGGUGUGAAUAAGUCAGAACUUCUUCAGUAUAUUCAGAAUCUCUCUCCAUUGGCUGGGGAGGCCUACAUGGGUGCUGCCAUAAGAAAGAUCAGGAAGGAAGUAUUCAGUGUCCAGCUUGGUAGUCGGAAGAAUCAGGGAGUGCCCCAGAUCGCUGUGCUCAUGGCUCAUAGGCCAUCAGAAGACAAUGUAACCAAAGCAGCUGCCAAUCUCCGGCGCCAAGGUGUGACUGUCUUCACCAUGGGCAUCGAGGGGGCCAACCACUCCCAGCUGAAAAAGAUAGCAUCUCACCCUGCAGAGCAAUAUGUUUCUAAGCUGGAAAGUUUCUCCCAUCUGGCUGCUCACAACCAGACAUUUUUGAAGAAGCUGCGGAACCACAUCACGCACACCGUCUCCGUGUUCUCAGAGCGCACUCUAACACUCAAGUCAGGUUGUGAGGAUACAGAAGAAGCAGACAUUUAUCUGCUCAUUGAUGGCUCAGCAAACAUCCAGGCCACGGAUUUCCAAGAAACAAAAACCUUUUUGUCAGAUGUCAUAAGGAUGUUCAACAUUGCUCCCCAAAAGGUGCGGGUUGGGGCCGUUCAGUAUGCUGAUCGCUGGGACCUGGAAUUUGAGAUCAACAAAUAUUCUAACAAGCAUGAUUUGGUAAAGGCCAUCGAGAAUAUUCGACAGAUGGACGGGGGCCUACGCACAGGUGCUGCUCUAAACUAUACACUAGGGCUACUACAGAAAGCCAGGAAGCAGCGAGGAAACAAAGUACCAUGUCAUCUUCUGGUCCUAACCAGUGGCACAUCCAAGGACAGUGUCGUGGAGCCUGCACACAGGCUAAGAGAUGAAUUCAUUCAUGUGCACGCCAUUGGGGUGAAUGGGGCCAAUCAAACCCAGCUGCGAGAAAUUGCAGGCGAGAAGGGGGUCUACUAUGUGCAUGAUUUUGAUGCUUUGAAAGACAUCCGAAACCAGGUUGUUCAAGAAAUUUGUACUGAAGAAGCUUGCAGGGAGAUGAAAGCCGACAUCAUGUUUCUGGUGGACAGUUCUGGCAGCAUAGGCCUUGAAAACUUUGACAAAAUGAAAGCCUUUAUGAAAAACCUUGUGAGCAAAUCUCAGAUUGGGGAAGAUCGGGUACAAAUUGGUGUCGUCCAGUUCAGCCACAUUAACAAGGAAGAAUUCCCACUCAACAGAUAUACAUCCCAAGGUGAAAUUUUCAGUGCAAUAGAAGAUAUGGAACACAUUGGAGAAACCACCAUGACCGGCAGUGCUCUGACCUUUGUGUCUCAAUAUUUUAGUCCUGCAAAAGGGGCCCGGCCCAAUGUCAGGAGGUUUCUUAUCCUCAUCACAGAUGGCGAAGCUCAUGACAUAGUUAAGGACCCAGCAGAAGCACUACGGCAAGAAGGCAUAAUUAUCUACUCUGUGGGGGUAUUUGGCUCCAAUGUCACCCAGCUUACAGAGAUCAGUGGAAAGCCAGAGUUGGUUUUUUAUGUUGAGAAUUUUGACAUUCUGCAGCACAUUGAAGAUGAUCUCGUUUUUGGAAUAUGCAGCCCCCAUGAAGAAUGCAAACGGAUUGAAGUCUUAGAUGUUGUGUUUGUAAUUGACAGCUCUGGCAGCAUUGAUUCUAAUGAAUAUACUAUCAUGAAGAACUUCAUGAUUGACUUGGUAAAAAAAGCUGAUAUUGGCAAGAAUAAGGUUCGAUUUGGGGCUCUGAAAUAUGCUGAAAAUCCAGAGGUGUUGUUUUAUCUGAACAAAUUUGAUACAAAAAGAGAGGUGAUCUCAGCCCUCCAGAAAGAUGAACCCAUCGGGGGUAGUACUUAUACGGCAAAGGCCCUACAUUUCUCAGAACACAUGUUCACCGAAGCCCUGGGUAGCCGCCUCCAAAAGGGCGUCCCCCAAGUCCUCAUUGUCAUCACUGAUGGGGAAUCCCAUGAUUCAGAUAGACUCAAUGCCACAGCCAAGGCUCUUCGAGACAAAGGCAUUCUGGUCCUGGUCGUGGGCAUUGAUGGUGCCAAUACUGAGGAGCUGCUAGCCAUGGCAGGAUCAAAUGACAAGUACUACUUUGUGAAGACUUUUGGAGGCCUGAAAGGCAUAUUUUCAGAUGUGUCAGCCAGUGUGUGCAACUCUUCAAAAGUAGAUUGUGAAAUUGAAAAAGUAGACCUGGUUUUCCUCAUGGAUGGCUCAAACAGCAUCGGCUCCGAUGACUUCAGGAAGAUGAAAGAAUUCUUGGCAUCGGUGGUUCAAGACUUUGAUGUCAGCUCUAGCAGAGUGCACAUAGGAGCAGCCCAGUUUAGUGAUUCCUACCGGUCAGAGUUCCAACUGGGGGCCUUCAGAGGCAAAGAAGAAAUCUCUCAGCAGAUUGAAAACAUUCAGCAGCUCUUUGGAUACACGCAUAUUGGGGCUGCACUCCAAAAGGUGGCACGUUACUUCCUGCCAGACACAGGCAGCCGGAUCAUUGCAGGUGUCCCCCAAGUGUUGUUGGUCCUCACGGAUGGCCGGUCCCAGGACGAAGUGGCCCAGGCAGCUGAAGAGCUGAGGCAUAAAGGCAUCGACAUCUAUUCUGUGGGCAUCGGGAAUGUGGAUGACCAGCAACUAGUACAAAUCACCGGGACCGCAAAUAAAAAACUGACAGUUCAUAAUUUCGAUGAGCUGAAAAAGGUCAAGAAGAGGAUCGUUCGCAACAUCUGUACUGCAGGGGGUGAGAGCAAUUGUUUCGUGGAUGUUGUGGUAGGAUUUGACAUUUCAACUCAGCAGAAUGGACAGACUUUGCUUGAAGGUCAGUCUUGGAUGGAAAGCUAUCUUCCAAAGAUUUUACAUGCCAUCAGCUCCCUCAAUGGGGUCAGCUGUGAGGUGGGCACAGAAACUCAGGUCAGUGUGGCUUUUCAAGUGACCCAUGCCAUGGAAAAAUAUACACCCAAGUUUGAGAUCUACAGUGACACCAUAUUGAACAGCCUGAAGGAUGUAACAGUGAAAGGACCAUCUCUCCUCAAUGAAAAUCUCUUGAGUUCUCUUUGGGACACAUUUCAGAAUAAAUCAGCUGCUCGAGGAAAGGUGAUUCUUUUAUUUUCAGAUGGAUUGGAUGAAGACAUUGAAAAACUUGAACAAAAAUCUGAUGAACUUAGAAAAGAAGGCCUGAAUGCCCUCAUCACUGUUGCUCUGGAUGGAGCCAUGGAUUCAAGUGACUUAAAUGAGCUUCCCUACAUUGAAUUUGGGAAAGGAUUUGAAUACCAAACCCAGCUCACUCUUGGAAUGAGGGAUCUUGGGAGCCGACUCUCAAAGCACCUGGUCAACGUUGCUGAAAGGACGUGCUGCUGUUUAUUCUGCAAGUGCAUAGGGGAAGAUGGCACCAUGGGAGAUCCUGGACCAUCUGGAAAAAAGGGACUCAAAGGUUUUAAAGGUAGUGAAGGUUACCUGGGCGAGGAAGGCAUUUCUGGAGAAAGAGGAGAAAUGGGACCUUUGGGAGCUCAAGGGACCAAGGGAUGCUCUGGUAUCAAAGGCCCUAAGGGGUAUCGAGGACUGAAUGGACAAGAGGGAGAAGAUGGGGAAAUUGGCAUUGAUGGAUUAAAUGGAGAACAGGGUGACAGUGGUCCUCCUGGAGAAAAGGGAGAAAAAGGCGAUGCAGGAUCCCAGGGAAGUCCAGGAGAGAGAGGGAUUUCGGGUGACCAUGGUUCACAGGGCCUUCGAGGAGAUCCUGGAGAUCCUGGAGUUGACAAUAGCAGACAAGGCCCCAAAGGCUUGAAAGGAGAACAUGGAAGACAAGGAAGAAGAGGCUUGCCAGGCCUCCCGGGACCCCCAGGAUCUAGAAGACAGACAGUAGUUCAUGGUCGAAGAGGGCUUCCAGGCCCUCAGGGAGAAGCAGGAAACCAAGGUCCAGAUGGAUUUCCAGGCUCCCUGGGAUUUCGGGGCCCUCAGGGCUCAAGAGGAGAGAUUGGUGUCAAAGGAGAAAAAGGAAGUCUGGGAAGUAAAGGUCCCCAGGGACCUCAUGGACCAGAAGGAAAAGCAGGAAGCCCAGGCCGUUUGGGAAGCCAAGGACAUAAAGGAGAUCCUGGAGAUCUGGGCGACAAAGGAGCUCUUGGCCUUCCUGGUCCCCGAGGAUUGCCGGGUGAUUAUGGCAUCCAGGGUUAUGGUGGUAUCGGAAGAAAAGGCACCAAGGGACAAGAAGGAUUUCCUGGAGAAAGUGGACUUAAGGGUGAUGUUGGAGACCCUGGUGACAAAGGAGAAAUAGGACCCAAAGGAGCAAGAGGAAAGAUGAUGUCUUCUGGGAUCCCAGGAGAGCAGGGAUCACGUGGGGAUCCGGGACCUCCUGGACUUAGGGGUGCGAAAGGGAGCAAGGGACUGCCAUCAUUUUCCGCAUGUGAGCUCCUUCAAUAUGUGCGGGACCACAGUCCUGGCCGAAAUGGGAUGCCAGAAUGCCCCGUGCACCCCACUGAGCUGGUGUUCGCCUUAGAUCAGUCCCGAGGUGUCACCCAGGAUGAGUUUGAGCGCAUGAAGGAGAUGAUGGCUUCUGUGGUCCAGACCAUUCGAGUGCGGGACCACAACUGCCCAGUGGGAGCCCGUGUGGCCAUCCUUUCCUACAGCUCCCAUACCAGGCACCUGGUGCGCUUCUCUGACGCCUAUUCCAAGACCCGACUUCUCCAGGAAAUUGAAGCAAUUCCUUUCGAGACAUCAUCAGAAAACCGAGAGAUGGGCAAAGCCAUGAGGUUCAUUUCCAGGAACGUCUUCAAGCGAACCCUCCCAGGGCCUCACACCAGAAGAAUCACCACCUUUUUCAGCAGUGGCCAAUCAAAUGAUGUCCAGACCAUCACCACAGCUACAAUGGAAUUCAGUGCCCUGGAUAUUGUUCCCGUGGUGAUUGCUUUCAACAAUGUGCCCUCAGUCAAACGUGCCUUUGCGAUUGAUGACACUGGCACAUUCCAAGUCAUUGUGCUUCCCUCUGGGACUGAGCACACUUCAGCCUUGGAGCGACUUCAGCUGUGCACUUUCUGUCGUGAUGUGUGUAACCCUGAUGCUUCCUGCGAGGAACAAACUACUAGACCCUCUCCUCCGCCAUCCUACGUGGAUGCUGCCAUCCUUCUUGAUAGCUCCUGGCACCUGGGUAGUCUAGAAUUUGAAGACAUCCGAGGAUUCCUCGGGUCACUGUUAGAUCACUUUGAAAUCACUCCAGAACCCGAGACCUCAACCACUGGAGAUCGGGUGGCCCUAGUGAGUUAUGCUCCUCCUGACUUCCGGCCCCACAUGCACAAAAGUCCCGUAAGGACCGAAUUUAACCUGACCACCUACAACAGUAAACAUCGCAUGAAGCGGCACCUGGAGAACUCAGUCCAGCAGUUACAUGGAGAUGCUUUCAUAGGUCAUGCCUUGCAGUGGACCCUGGACAAUAUCUUUACAGGGACACCCAAUCUGAGAAGGCAGAGAGUCAUAUUUGUGAUCUCUGCUGGGGAAACCAGUCCCUUGGACAGGGACACAUUAAAGAAGGAAUCCUUCAGAGCCAAGUGUCAAGGUUAUGCCCUGUUUGUUUUCUCCCUUGGCCCAACUUGGAAUGAUAAGGAGUUGGAAGAUCUAGCCAGCCAGCCUUUGGAUCACCACUUAGUCCAACUUGGCCGAAUUCAUAAGCCUGACCACAGAUAUGGUGUGAAGUUUGCGAAGUCAUUUGUAAAUUCAAUUCGACGUGCAAUCAACAAAUACCCACCAAUAAACUUCAAAACAAAGUGCAACAGGCUCAGCUCUACAAAUGGCAAAACAUCUCCCCAAGUGUUGCGAAGUUCUGUACCUGGGCCACAAAAAGCUCUCCUCAAAGAUGCAUUUCAGAAGGCCAAAUUCUUUCAAGAUAAAAAAGUUUCUUCCAGAGUUGCAAGAGGCAGCAAUGAAAAAACUGUUAGAAAUUUUACCAAAAGCAUAUCCCAUGCCUUUAAAAGUGGAAAAAAGAUGAUAAAAGCUUCUUCUAAGUGA